CAAUUGCUUUCACGAAUUGUCAUUCGAGCAAACUGAGCUUGCGAGUCUGCAACCAGUAGUCUGUUUCUUCGUACUAUUUCACAGAACAUUAUUGUAGUAGGAUAAUAACUACAAGAGUUAUUAAGCUAGGGGAUUGUUUUCAAGGGUGCUAAUUCAUGUUCAAACCUCAGUGGCUUGUAAACAACGGCGUAUUGUUAUGACAGCCGAAAUGUUGUAUGCAAAACUAUACAGUUUGUUUUCGAGAUAGCUGUAUGUUUUACCAAAUUUGGAAGUAUACAAAGACAAGUAUUAUUUUCUUAUGAUUCGAUUUUGAUUUUAAGUGUGCAAUCCAAAAUUUAAUAGUCACUUGCUGUUAAUAACUUUUUUAGAAAUUGGUAAGAACCCCUUGCAAUCUGGCAUUUCCUUUCGAUGCAUUCAUGCUACAGUGCCCAAGUAGUUGAGUGGUGAAAUGCUCAUGUAAGAGUUUGGUGCAAGUUUUCCUCAUCAUUUAAAAAUAUCUUGUCUUGGAACAUCAAAUUUUUUCUGUUCAUAUAACCGAUAAUAUGUGAUCUUAGAAUUAGUUUAGAAAAACUAUGAAGAACCCUGUCGGAGUUGGAGUACUGGAAAACUAAGAAUUUCUAAUAACUUUUUUUUAAAUCUCAUCCAAUGUCCACAAGGAAUUGGAUAUAUUACUAUUUUUGAUUAUGAAGUCAUCAUAUUGUAGACACAAAAUAACAGUCAUCAACCACCUUUCUAUGAAUCUCCAAUUGUCACUAACUUUUCAUCCAUUUUAGAGUGCUGGGAUGUAUUCAUCGUAAACUUGAUAAGCAUGUGUAUUAUCCAGCCAAUGACACCAACCAUGACUGGCGUUGAGGAGCAAGAAAAACUAUUGGAGGAUGCCGUCGGUGUUGUUAAGGUUCAGGCCUUUCAGAUGAAGCACUGCCUAGAUAAAUCCAGGCUCAUGGAUGCACUGAAACAUGCUUCGACCAUGCUGGGAGAGCUCCGCACCUCGCUGCUGAGUCCCAAGAGUUACUAUGAACUGUACAUGGCGAUAACUGACGAGCUUCGACAUCUGGAACUUUACUUACUAGAUGAGUUUCAGAAAGGGAGAAAAGUUGCAGAUCUCUAUGAGCUUGUUCAAUAUGCUGGAAAUAUUGUACCUAGAUUGUAUCUACUCAUAACGGUCGGUCUAGUUUAUAUUAAGACAAAUCCCUGCUUGAAGAGAGAUCUACUGCGUGAUUUAGUAGAAAUGUGCCGUGGAGUUCAGCAUCCAUUGAGAGGGUUGUUUUUAAGAAAUUAUUUACUACAAUGCACACGAAACGUGUUGCCUGACGUAGCUGAGGGAGUUGAACAAGAGGGCACGGUGAGUACGCGAGAGCGUUUCCCGGGAAUGUUGCUGUUGCAGGUACGAGACAGUAUUGACUUUGUGUUGAUGAACUUUGCUGAAAUGAAUAAGCUGUGGGUCAGAAUGCAGCAUCAGGGUCACAGCAGAGACAGGGAAAGAAGAGAAAGGGAACGCGAAGAGCUACGGAUCCUGGUCGGAACAAAUUUAGUCAGACUCAGCCAGUUAGAGACGGUUACCCUUGACAAAUACAAGAAGCUGGUUUUACCAGGGAUAUUAGAACAGGUUGUUAGCUGCAGGGAUGCAAUCGCGCAGGAAUACCUCAUGGAAUGCAUAAUUCAGGUGUUUCCUGAUGAAUUUCACUUACAAACGCUGAAUGCGUUUCUGAAAUCAUGUGCCGAGCUGCAAAAUGGUGUAAAUGUAAAGAACAUCAUUAUUUCAUUGAUUGACAGACUGGCCGCUUUCAGUCAGCGAUCAGAUGGAGUCGGUGGACCAGGAAGCCCAAGUCAACUUCAAGGAAUUCCAACGGAUGUGAAAUUGUUCGAUGUAUUUAGUGACCAAGUGGCGACGAUCAUUCAGACCAGGCAAGACAUGCCACCCGAAGACAUUGUGUCGCUCCAAGUAGCGCUCAUCAAUUUAGCGCACAAGUGUUAUCCAGACAGAGUUGAUUACAUCGACAAGGUUUUGUCAACCACGGUGCAAAUAUUCCAGAAGCUCAAUAUUGAAAGAUUAGAAUACAACAGUGCAGUUUCAAGGGAAUUAUCCAGGCUGGUGAAAAUACCUGUCGAUAACUAUAAGAACAUACUGACCGUUUUGAAACUCGAACAUUUCGCACCACUUUUGGAAUACUUCGAUUAUGAAGGAAGGAAAUCAUUGGCUGUUUACAUAAUCACGAAUAUCUUGGAUAAUGAAACCCUGAUACCUGCGCAAGAACAAGUCGACGCUGUCCUGUCAAUGGUUUCUCCUCUGGUUCAAGACCAACCAGACCAACCAACUAUUGAAGAAGAUCCCGAAGAUUUUGCCGAAGAACAGGGCCUUCUUGGUAGACUGAUUCAUCACUUUAAAUCGGAAACUGCUGACCAGCAAUACAUGAUUUUGAGUGCAGCAAGAAAACAUUUCAGUACUGGUGGAAAUAAGAGAAUCAAGUACACUCUCCCACCCAUCGUGUUUCAAGCUUAUCAGCUGGCCUUUACCUACAAGAGCCUGAAAGAUCAAGAUGACAUGUGGCAGAAAAAGUGUCAGAAAAUCUUUCAAUUCUGUCACGUGACAAUCACCGCAUUGAUGAAAGCCGAGCUUGCCGAACUUCCACUUCGGCUUUUUCUCCAAGGAGCCAUUGCUAUUGGUGAAAUUCGCUUUGAUAACUUCGAAACAGUCGCCUAUGAAUUUAUGAGUCAAGCUUUCUCCAUUUACGAAGAUGAGAUUAGCGAUUCGAAAGCCCAGUUAGCUGCCAUUACACUUAUAAUCGCAACUUUUGAACAAAUGAGUUGCUUUUCCGAAGAGAAUGCUGAACCAGUUAGAAACCAGUGUGCACUUUACGCUAGCAAGUUACUGAAGAAGCCAGAUCAAUGCAGAGGGGUUUCUACUUGUUCCCACAUAUUCUGGUCUGGAAAGUCAAUUGCCACUGGUGGUAAAGAGAUGCAAGACGGGAACAAAGUACUGGAUUGCUUGAAAAAGGGAAUUAGAAUAGCGAGCCAGUGCAUGGAUACGUCUGUCCAAGUUCAACUUUUUGUUGAAUUGCUUAAUCAUUAUAUUUACUUUUACGAAAAAGGAAAUGCAGCGUUGAGCGUACAAAUUUUGAACCAAGUGAUUGCCAAGAUAAGGGAGGAAUUGCCAAACCUCGAGGUUAGCGAAGAAACGGAACAGAUUCAAAAACAUUUAGCAAAUACUCUAGAACACCUUCGGAACCGGAUGGAGUCUCCCGAAUCGGAAGGUCCAUCGUAUCAAGGUCUCGUACUGUAAUCGAAAUUUAAGAUUUUUUCCCGUUUAUGAUGAAAUCAUUGUAAAUAGUUUUUCAUUGUGAUAAUGAUCCUGAAAUGAGUCUGUAUAAAAUGAAUUGAAAUAAUCAAAUGAUAAACUAACCGUUAAUUAAACCUAUCUCAGCUAUAGCAUUCCGAAUUAUGUAUAAAAUACUGCAAUAAUAUAUCAUCUUAUAUUGUGAUCAUGCCGG